UCAGCUGAUGUUCUGCAGGAGAACCUGCGCUCAGCUGUGUAUGACGUCACGCUGCGGUUCCACCGUGACACCAGCAGGUGGCGGCGCAGCUCUGACGGUUUUACACCCUCACGAGAAGAAGAAACGGCUGGCUGUGCGCAUGCGUGUCUUGGCAGCUUGCAGUCCUUGCGGUACCGGUUCGGCUCGGCUCGCUGUGAUCUGGAUGAUGAGGCUGCUCCUGCGGAGGCUCCGGCCGCUCAGCGGGACGCCGGGCUUCCUCUCCGCCGCCUCAGAGCGCUCCUUCAGCGGCUCACCGCCGCCGCUGCCCGCCGCCCGGGUCCGGAGCGCCUUCGUGGAGUUUUUCCGGGACAAACACGGACACCUGCCGGUCCCGUCCUCCCCGGUCCGGCCCAGAGGAGACCCGAGCCUGCUGUUCGUCAACGCCGGGAUGAACCAGUUCAAGCCCAUCUUCCUGGGCACAGCGGACCCUCGUAGCAACAUGGCGUCGUACCGCCGCGUGGUCAACAGCCAAAAAUGCGUCCGAGCCGGCGGCAAACACAACGACCUGGAUGACGUGGGCCGGGACGGCUACCACCACACCUUCUUUGAGAUGCUGGGAAACUGGUCGUUUGGAGACUAUUUCAAGGAGGAAGCGUGUCAGAUGGCAUGGAGCCUCCUCACAGAGCAUUACGGGAUACCUGCUGACAGGCUGUAUGUCUCUUAUUUUGGCGGUGAUGCAGCAGCAGGGUUGCCAGCGGAUGAGGAUACACGGAACAUCUGGCUGGAGAUCGGGGUCCCCACCCACCGUCUGCUGCCAUUCGGACUCAAGGACAACUUUUGGGAGAUGGGGGACACGGGGCCCUGUGGUCCCUGCACCGAGAUCCACUACGACCACGUCGGUGGGCGAGAGGCGGCGGCGCUCGUCAACGCUGACAGCCCAGAGGUGGUGGAGAUCUGGAACCUGGUCUUUAUGCAGUACAACAGGGAGGUGGACCACAGUCUGUGGCUGCUGCCCCAGGUCAGCGUGGAUACUGGGAUGGGUCUGGAGAGACUGGUGAGCGUCCUGCAGGGCAAAACCUCCAACUAUGACACGGAUCUGUUCACACCGCUGCUGCACGCCAUCCACCAGAGGUCGGGGGUGGAGCCGUAUAGGGGCAGGAUGGGGGCGGUGGAUGUUGGUCAGGUGGAUCUGGCCUACAGAGUCGUAGCUGACCACGUCCGGACAUUAUCGGUGUGCAUCGCUGACGGAGUUUACCCGGGCAUGUCAGGAGCCGAGUUGGUGCUGAGGAGGAUUUUACGGCGGGCGGUUCGGUUCUGUGUCGAGGUCCUUCGUGCUCCCCAGGGAACGCUCGCCAGCCUAGUUCCCACCGUCGCCGACCUGCUGGGUAACAUUUAUCCAGAGCUGCACCAGGAGACAGACCGGAUUGUGGACAUCAUCAACGAGAACGAGGCUCACUUCCUGUCGUCUCUGCAGCAGGGCAGCAGGCUGAUCGAGCGCACGCUUAGCAGGAAGGACUACAAACAUGGAGUCUUCCCCGCCUCAGUGGCUUGGUCUCUCCACCGGGACCUGGGCUUCCCUCUGGACCUGGUGGACCUGAUCCUGGAGGAAAGGGGGGUCCAUGUAGACCGCCAGGAGCUGGACCGCCUGAUUGCCGAGAACCAGAAGGUGGCUUUAGAGCUGCAGGCAGGUGACCGUGCCCAGGUGACGCUGGACGUCCUCAGUCUGACGGAGCUGCAGCGUCUUGGCGUUCCUCACACCGACGACAGUCUCAAAUAUGACUACCGCCUGGCCGAGGGUCGAUACGUGUUCCCACCGUGCCGUGCGACAGUUCUCGCACUCUACGACGGGCAGGCUUUGGUGUCGGAGGUCUCCGAGGGUCAGCACUGCAGCGUCAUACUGGACCGUACCUGCUUCUACGCCGAGCAGGGGGGCCAGUCACAUGACCAGGGCUACUUCACCCUGUAUGAGCUGCAGGACGUGCUCUUUCCUGUGGAGGCGGUGGUCCGGGCGGGGGGCUACGUGGUCCAUUGGGUCACCGUGGCCGACAACCUGAAGACCGGCGACCAGCUCCAGCUGCACCUGGAUCAGGUGCACAGGCUGUCCUGCAUGGUUAAGCACACGGCCACGCACAUCCUGAACUUCGCCCUGAGGAAGGUUCUGGGUGCUUCGGUGCAGCAGCGAGGCUCGCACGUGUCGGCCGAUCGCUUUCGCUUCGAUUUCAGCGUAAAGGGCUCUCUGAGCGUGUCACAGCUGCAGCAAGUGGAAAGGUGCGUUAAUGACAUCAUCUCAGCCAAUCAGAUUGUUCACAGUCAGGAGCUUCCCCUCCAAAGAGCUCGCGGCAUCAGCGGCCUGAGGACAGUGGACGAGGUGUAUCCUGAUCCUGUUCGGGUCGUGUCAGUGGAGCUGCCGGUCACCGAGCUGCUGGACAAACAGUCGGACAGACAGACGUCUGUGGAGCUCUGCUGUGGAACUCACCUGCUGCAGACCGGCGCCAUCGAGGACCUGGUGAUCGUCUCUGAGAGGCAGCUGGUGAAAGGAAUCAGUCGGAUCGUUGCCGUGACGGGACAGGAAGCGGCACGGGCUCGGGAGGCGGGGCACGUUUUAUCUCAGGACGUCGACUCUCUGUCAGCCAGACUUGGACGCUCCGCCCCCUCCUGCCUGGACACUGCCCAGUGCUUUUCCAAGGAGGUGGGCGUCCUCUCAGAUGCUGUGGAUAACACCCCCAUCCCACAGUGGCAGCGCAGAGAGCUGCAGAGUCGACUCCGCGCUCUGCAGAGGACGAGCAACACCGCCGUCAGGAAACUGGAGACCAGAGAGGCGGCAGUGCAAGCUCAGGCCCUGCAGGAGAAACACGGAAGGACGGAGCUGCUGGUGGACUUGGUGGAGACCAGCUCUCUGUCAGUUCUGAUGAAGACGGUGAACCAGCUGAGCUCCACUGCUCCUCUCAGUCAUGUGAUGCUGCUCGCUCACCAGAGGCAUUCUGGCAAGGUUUUGUGUGCCUGUCAGGUUCCCAAGGAGACAGUUAAAUGCUCAGUCAGUUACCGUGGUAACAGUGCUCUAUUGACGGUCUCGCCAUCCCUCGUCGCUUCUGAUUGGGCAGUGGCUGUGUGUUACCACCUCAACGGGAGCGCCAGUGGCUCAGAGGUGGUUGCCAAGGGAACAGGAAACAGCAAUGACAUCACCGAGGCUCUGAGGUGGGCCAAGGAGUUCGCCUCCCAGAGAAUACAGUGAUGAUGUCAUAAAGAGACCCUCUUCUCAUUGGAUGAUAGGCUGAGGCGAACUUUUUGAACACAUGAAGUUUGAUUUCAAAGAGGACAGACAACCAUGCUCUCGAUAUUCUCUUUAUUGUGAAAGGUUACAUUAUGAAACACUCAGCUAAUCACAGCACAGGGAGGAUUAACCAAUCAGAAACCAGCCCCCAGCAGGUUCAUCACCUGGCGUUUCGAGGACCUCAGAGCAGCGACACGUUGAGCCACUGCAAAGACACAAACACAGGUGUUAAAUCAUGUGACCACACACCUAAAUCUUUUCAAAGGUGAUCCCUCACCAAGUCUGGGCUUUCAAAAUAAAAGCCUGCCAGGGGUGACAACUCAGCUUAAAACCAAACUUUGUUUUUCAGAAUAAAGUUUCAUUUCCUGAAUAAAGCUACGACCCGUCCAACCCAUAGAUUGGUUAUAAACGAGAAACCAGCAGCUUCACAUUCACCUGAAAUUCCUGUUGUGAACAGGAAGUAAACAUGUAGACUUUCUAAAUAAGAGUCUCAGCAGCUUUAAAGGUGUCCUGCAGAGGUGCUGUGUCUUUGUUUUGGGUUUGAAUAUUAAUAAAAAAACUUUGUUCAC